AUGGACCAGGCAAUACCUGGCUUCGACCUGAGCUCCGCUCUUGACAGCAUCGCGUCGACGUAUCUUGAUGACCAGGCGCAAGAGCUACCACAGCGCAAUAGCUCGAAUACCACCACCAUCAUCGAUGUUCAUGGUACGCCUAUUCUUUUCCUCCAUGUGGUACUCAACCUGAUGAAGCUCAUAGCGCAUUGCGUUCCUGACUGGUAUCGCGCGAUCGCUCCAACGGCCGGCGGGAACCCGACUCCAUUUUGGAACGUCAGAGGGCAUCUCAACUUCAUGGCGAGCCAAGGCAUCUCGCACGCAGUCGUGGCAUUAUCCUCGCCCGGCGCAAACGUGUAUCCUGGCAAUCGAGAAGCGACGGUCGCGCUUGCUCGGUUGAUCAACGAGCAGUCCGCAGCGUAUGCGCGAGUCUACCCCAAGCGCUUCUCGUUCUACGCGGUUGUGCCACUGCCAUAUACCCAGGACGCCAUCGUUGAAGCCAUGUACGCUCUCGACACGCUUGAAGCCGCGGGCAUCGCGCUCUACUCCAAUUUCGAAGGUCGAUACCUUGGCGACUCCUCCUUCACGCCAUUCUUCCAAGCCAUGAACGCGCGCGGGGCCGACCAGAUCAUCUACAUCCAUCCCACGACCCCGUACUUGCGCAUCAACGGCUCGCUGGUCCAAGCGAACCCAACGACGUACCCAACAGGCAACAUCGAGUUCUACUUCGAAACCGCACGCGUACUUCAAGACCUCGCCGUCACGCAAACCAUCCUCAACUUCACCAACAUCAACUACAUCAUCCCGCACGUCGGCGGCGCAUUCCCGUCUGUCGCGGACCGCCUGUUGAAGUCGUUCCCCGCGAUCUACGACCGCACCCUGGCCGCUUUGCAGACGCGCUUCUACUGGGACUCCGCGGGCCCCACGUACUUCCAUCAGGUCGGUGGUCUUCUCGCAUACGACAUACCGGCAUCGCAGCUCUUGUUUGGCACAGAUUACCCGUACGCGCCGAUCUUCACGUAUGCGCCUUCGCUGGUAGGUAUUAAGACGUCGCGGUUCGUGGACGAUUCCGAGCGAGCAGGCAUCUUCUUUCGCAACGCGCAGAGGCUCUUUUGUGAUUGCGCCUUCUUGUAG